CUGGAGGUUGGGGGACGAGGGCGGAGGAGAGGGGACUGGAGGGAGACAGGGGAGGGAGCCGGCUGCAGAGGGCGGUGACAGCGCUCCAGAGGAAGCUCAGCGCACUCGGCCCGACAGAUCUAAGUUGGGAGCAGCUGCGGGCACAGGCCUCCAAGAUGAGGCCGGCGCUAGCCCUGUGUCUCCUCUGUCAGGCGUUCUGGCCCCGGCCUGGCGGUGCAGAGCACCCCACAGCAGACCGCGCGGGCUGUCUGGCCUCCGGGGCCUGCUACAGCCUACACCACGCUACCAUCAAGCGGCUUGCCGCGGAGGAGGCCUGCAACCUGCGCGGCGGGGCGCUCAGCACGGUGCACGGGGGCUCUGAGCUGAACGCGGUGCUCGCGCUCCUGCGGGCAGGCCCCGGGCCUGGAGGGGGUUCCAAAGACCUGGUGUUCUGGGUGGCGCUGGAGCGCGGGAGUUCCCACUGCACCCUGGACAGCGAGCCCUUGCGCGGUUUCUCUUGGUUGACCCCCGACGCCAGCGCGUCCGAAAGCGACACCCUGCCUUGGGUGGAGGAGCCUCAGCGCUCCUGCACCGUGCGCAAGUGCGCGGGACUACAGGCCACUAGGGGGGUAGAGCCCGCAGGCUGGAAGGAGAUGCGCUGCCUCCUGCGCGCCAAUGGUUACCUGUGCAAGUACCAGUUUGACAACUUGUGUCCCGCGCCGCGCCCAGGGGCCGCCUCUAACUUGAGCUACCGCGCUCCCUUCCAGCUGCACAGCUCCGCGCUGGACUUCAGUCCCCCGGGGACCAAGGUGAGUGCAACCUGCCCUGGGGAGCUCUCCGUCGAAGCCACCUGUGUCGUGGAAGAGGCUGGCGCGCGCUGGGACGAGCUUCCCUCCGGGGCGGUGCUCUGUCCGUGCCCCGGGAGGUACCUUCGUGCCGGCAAAUGCGUGGAGCUUUCUCACUGCCUGGACGGCUUGGGAGACUUUGCCUGCGAAUGUGCGGCGGGCUUCCAGCUGGGAAAGGACAGACGCUCUUGUGUGAGCAAAAGGGAAGGACAGCUGGCCCUUGAGGCGAGCAAGGUGCCCACCUGGAGCCAGCCGGUCACUGCAGCCAGCCCGGUGCCAAAGAGAACGUGGUCUCCUAGAGUCCGUGAGAAGCCAGGAGAAAGACCACCCGAUGUCCCUGGACAGGGCAGGUCUGCAACAUCUGUUCCCGAGACCACGCCAACAGCCACCGGGAGCAUGGUCCCCACAUUUAAUUCCACACCCGCCUCCUCCGGGCCCCAGCCUUUCGACUACUCCUCCACUGUGGUCUUCGUAUUUGUAAGCAUAGCAGUGGCGGUGUUAGUGAUCUUGACCAUGACAGUACUGGGGCUUUUCAAACUCUGCUUUCACAAGAGCCCUUCCUCUCAGCCAAGGAAAGGGCCUCUGGCCCCUCGGGGUGUGGAGAGUGAAGCUGAGCGCUCCAGCUCCGCAGUUUGCACAGACAAUGGGGUGCAGGCUAGGGACAGCAGUCUGCCGGGCAGAGCAGAGGAUUCCUCACCUGCAGGGGCCCCUUCUUGUGAGCAGACUUUUUCCAUUUCGAUGACAAGGGAGAGAAAGAACUUGUAUGUGGAAAAUCCCCCUUUAUAAAUUCACUCCACCAAGGAGCUAAUUUUUUUUUUUGGACCAGGAAUCGAACUCAUGACUCACGACCUCAUGCUUGCCAGGCAGGCGCUCUGCAGCUGAGCUAUACCGGCUCAAGGAACUAAAUCUUAACAGCACACUCAUUUCCGGAAUGAUGGAGGGGUGGAAAUGUCUCAGUGUGGUACUGGAGGGAAGGGUGGCACUGGCAGAGGUAUUAUGUUCUGGGGAAUUCAGAGAACUGAUUGAACAUUUUAAGACAUUGGAGGCAACUAGAAAACAACACAAUUUUUUUUUUAAAGUUCAUUUUCACCAAAAUGGAAAAAUAAAUCUCUCUCUAUUGUUCAGGCUGGAAAUAUAUUGGUUUGGAGUUCCAGGAAAAAAAAAAAUAAAGGAUUUUGGAUAACACAGAUUUACAUAUGCUUGGCUUCCGCAAGGGGUAAUUGUUUAGGAAGUGAGCAUGCCUGAGAUAACAACUGGCCAAGGGGCACACUGGGACUACCCACAGGGGUACAGACUGUUCUUAGAUGGAGGGAAAGUCCGUAAACCCUUGUGAUGAGGAAGGGAUCUUUGAUAACUAGUGACUUCUCCCCUUGUUGUUUUGUCCUUUGCUUUCAAAGUCACUACUAGGUUUGUGCUCUGCUAUAAAUCCAAAAUGUAGUGUUGCCAGAGGUUCUGGCUCUCGAAACAAAUUACAGUUGACCAACUCAAGUGUCUACUGUGUGCCCUUGUUCAGGGGAACAAAUGAUUUGUGCUUUCCUUUCUGUUGCUGCGCUCCCCAGUGUGAUGACCUCCCCCAACACAUCACCUCCUUCCCAUCAGCAUGCUGAUCCUCACUUCCAAUUAUAGCGAUGUUAAUUCUCAAUUAAAACAUUAAUGGUAAGUAUUGAUUUGAAAUCUUCUGGGUGCAUUAAAGCAAAAGUAAGCUGAGUUUCCUCCAAGGCUGUUAGAUUCUUGUGCUUUCCUUUUAAUCCAUAAAAAGAAAAAACUCUCAAAUGCUAAAUCAUUUCCUUUCCUUCCAAAUAAGAGAGUGUGCAGUGACAAUAUAUGUUCUUCUUGAAAUGUUUACAGUUUAACAGAAGUUUACCAUGGGCAAGGGCGUGGUAAACAGAUUUCCCUAAGAAUGAAUGAUAUAAGAAAGAAAUGAUAAAUAGAAAAACUAUCAUCUUGUUAUGAUUUGGGUAUUAGAAAGGGGAAUAUUUCUGUGAAAAAUAAUUAAGACAUGUUAAAAAUCACUACCUAGUGGUCUCAAGGUGCUUGGAAAUAUCCCACACUUAUUAGUAUGCUAAGAUUUUAGGUAUUAGAGAUUGGUGCAUAGAGAGAAAUAAACAAGUUUAGAAAUGGGAAAGAACAAAAGAGGAAAAAGUGUAUGCUUCAUUUUCAUAGAAAAUUUUCAUAGGAAAUAUCAUUUUGAUAUUCCUGUGUGCAGUGUAUACAAUGGAGAUGACAUUAAACGUAAAAAAGUGACAAAUAGUAAAAUCAUCUACUAAAACAUUAUAAUAGCGUGAUCUAUAAAUUUGUAUUCUAAUUAUAAAUUUCUAUAUUUAGAAUUAUAAUGUUAAAGGAAUAAAUAGGUAUUUCCUUCAUAUACCAAACGUUUCUAUAUAGUCACGUUUAAAUACAAUCACAAAUGGCCUGGUACCGGAGAAAAACCAAAAAAAAAAAAAAAAAAUCACAAAUGGUUUAACAUUAAAAUUCAAAGGAACUUUAACUAUCAUAGUUUUCACAAGUAAGUUGAACUAAUAAUCAGAUAAAUAAACAGCUUGCACAACAUCUCCAACUUGCCAGACACCUCGGUCUCAGUGUUGUUCUUUUCCUCUUCACUACAUGGGUUUUUGGUAGAGAAGAUAAUUAUUUGGAUAGAAUAUAUGGUGAUUUCUUUUAUAAUUUGAAAAACAAUCUUGUCUAUAACAAAUGUAGUGUAUAUGUGUGGGUACACCUCUAUGCAUGCAUACAAGUGAGAUAUAUAUAUAUGUAUACAUACAAAUAUACAUAUAUAUACUUAACGUGUAUAUAUAUAUAUGUCUACCUACACACCUUAUCUCAAAUUAGGGUGCUCUUGUAUCAUUGUACCAGUAAAAUAGAUAUGUUUCUAACUUGUGCCAUGCGCAACAGGUGGCAUUGUGAAUCUUGCGCUCUAAAUGCCCAUUGAUAAUAAAAUAGGUGUCAGCACAAA